CCUAUUGAGCUUGGGAGAAAAGGUCGGCUGCCAAGCCCGUGUAUUUCUAUGGCGAAGAGUAAAGGUUAGCGUAAGUCCUUCAUGUAGAUUCCAGGAUGUACUUACUCUCGCCAAGUUGCCUGUAAAAUAGAAAAUGACGAGGUAUUUGAUCCUGAGCCUUGACACUAUUUAACAUACGACUUUUUAUAUAAAGAAACAAGAUAUGAUAAAUGCAUUUUUUGUCUGCAAGCGUGACAUCGUUUUACGAGCGUGGAAAGUGGUGUGAAGAAGGCUUAAAACAACGCGAAGGUUCAUCUAUCCGUCGUUCUCUGUUGUCCCUUUCACUGGAAACCGACCGCGUGGGAGGUCCGUUCAGGAUCUCAUAGUAAUUUUAACACGAACUAGUCUUCGUUCGCAGCUCAGUCUCUACCGAGGUGUCUUUCGCGGACAAUCAUCUGUCCUCGUGAAUUCUGCCCUCAACUUUUCAAAUCGACAAACUCUUAUAAUUAAAUGUUGGACUUACACGCGUUCAAGUAAAAUUCGUAAAGUGAAGGAAAUGCGUGUUUCGUUAACAUUCAGUGAGACGUUAAGCGAAAGGAGCAGCUAUUCGAUUGGAAAUAAUCGUCUGAAAAGGAUCAGUCGCUGUCUCGCUUUCCGAUCAUGUUAAUUACGUUAAUUACUCCAUUCAUCGCGUGGACGAAUGGUCUCAAUUAACCGACAGACAACCGGUCGAAAGAAGUCAACGAGAAGGCUGAUCUAAGUCCGAAGAACGAUCGAGAGAACGAUUUUAUUGAUCGCUCGUGAUCGGCGACAGAGUAGACAGUUCUCGUGCAUGGAAACUGGAUCAGUGAUUUCCCAUGAGAUCGAAAAUCCAGAGCGGCUGGCACAAAGAGGCAAGAAAUCGGUGAAAACGGUGUCUGAGAAAAGCCGAGCCAGAGAACGCCGAUACGCGCGUGCAACGAGAUAAUUGCAUCGCUUCGUAGUCAACUGCUAUUGCGUAAUGUUCGCAUUACCACCAUAGACGUAUGAGAAAAAAAAAAGUUGUAGCAACGACGACGCGUCAGGUUGUUAAACCUAUUUACCGUUUCGCGUUCACGCUUAUUGGAUACAGUCGCGGUUGUGUGGCUCUUCCUUCUCCCUGAGUUUUCGUCCUCGUUCCAUUGUUCGAAACGAAUUGCACAAGCGUAUUCGCGGUGUUGGUCGACAGCCAGGAAGAAAUUCACGCGACGCUGCGACGAAGAUUUCAAUGAAAUUCAAGCGUUUAGCAUAAUUGACCGGCUGCUUGCUUCUACCCGUACGGAAAUCGUCGUCGAUUUCGACCGAAUUAACGUUUCAGCAAUUCUGAGUUGCAGUCAUCCAACGACCACGAUUGCGAGUUAAGAUAGCGAAACAAGCAGCAAUCUUCGCUAUGAACGUUCGUCUGAUCCGUGUGCCGUCUUUCAGAGCUUUGCCUUUCAAACACCAUUGAUAUCUCUUUCGUGUCUUCGUAACAGUCGGUAUACAUAUUUCGUUCACGGUCAAGUGCCUUUGGUUCCGAAACAGCAGGAAGUACAAAGCAAUUUCCGUUCGAGGUAUCCAGGUUAAUAUCGUAGUACAUAUUCACGUCUGGGAUAUACAGUGUCAUCGGCCAUGGGUCACCAUGGCAGAUACAACCGAAUUUUUAUUAACCCUAUCGAGAAGUUUUGUGUGAUAACCUUUCUAACGUGAAUGGUCUCAGUCCUGGUUUGUAAUAAAAAAUCGUUUGCAUAAAAUUCGUCGAGCGAACAAUGAUGGAAAACGUGUAUGUGAUAAAGGUGAAAACGAAGCCAGCUUUGUCUUCUCUGUACCCAUCCGAACGACGUUAUUCGGCAUCGACCGUGGGAGGUUUGUCCUUCGUGCAUUUUGGUCUGGGUGCACUUUCCCUUCUGCUAGGCAGCUUGGCCUUAUCUCUUCAAGGUCCAAUCUUAUCGGUCGCGUGUUUGGUUCCUUUCGUGACCGGUCUACUCGCCUGGAGAAGGUGGUACAUCGAUAGAAACAUCGCUAUCUUCUUUUACGGAAGUCUGUUCUCCUUGAUAGCAGCGAUCCUCUGCUUCAUCGCCACAGUGUUCGACAUCGCGGCCGCCGCGGAGAGUAGAAGCUCUCUGUGGUCGCUGGAAAAAAUUCUCGAGCAGCCGCGAGAUCAUUCUGACCUGAAGAACGACACUCUGUUAAACGAGACGAUGUCACUCAGCGAAGACAAUUUCAAUCUCAGCAGAAUCUAUGAUCAAUCUCCGAAGAUUCGUCUCUACUCUCCCAUGCCUGGCAUUGUAUUUGAUAACAUGUCCAACAUAUCUGGGUACAUCUUGAGAACUUCGACGAUUGGUCCUGAGGAAGGUGAGACCGAAAGUCCUAGUAGAUCGUUCGCCAACAGUGAUUCUAAAGACGAAGAGAAUUCGCAAGAUUCGGAUAACGUUACCGAAGAAUCCUUGGAAACGAUCAAGAGCAGAAUGAUGUCAUUCUUGUACAGAGAUCACCACCAGUCCUCGCAUACUACGAUCUUACUAACAGUGAACGUGUUGGUGGCGUCUCUCCUCGAAGCAUUUUGGUCUGCGCUGAGCGCUAGAAUAGCGUUGCGAGGGAUGAUGAAUCGGUUGCCAGAAAGCAGCUACGUGAAUGGAACAGCUGGAGACAAAAAAUUGGAAGAAACAGCAGCGGGUAAGAGAAAACCAGCUCCAAGACCGGACAUUUUGGAUCACGAUCGAAGACUGUCGGAAAGAUUGCAAAAUUUAACAACGUUGCACAGCCUGAGGAAUUCGGGACCAAGGUUACCACUGCCAGAGUCCAGCAGGGAAUUCAGGGAAAGAGUAGAAAGAUUUCUGGCGAAUCAGGCAGCGCAUCGCGUCGUCGAGGGAUCCUGUUCUUAAAACGAAAAUAACAGAGACAAUUAAAUUGCGAAUUACGAUAUUUAAUACCGAUAGCAAUUUUGAAUAUCAAUAUUCCUUGUAAUAUAAUAGUUUAUGCGUAAUCUUCGAUCUCAGAACGUAUGCAAGUACAAUGACUCACGCAUGUUCGGUAUUAUUGUAGUAUGUGGAUAAAAAUUGACGAUGGUCGUAGGUAACAGGAACAAAAUUUCGCUGUCGACAAUGUUUGCCAGUAACCAAACAACUUUUAAUCAUUUGUAACAAAUAACCUGACAGAUUCGAAGGUGGAAGGCGCAUGAGCCGUUUGAAAAUUGGCGAUGAACAAUGUUUUGUAAGAAACGAAUAAUAUUAGUCUACUUGUUAUGCAUGUUGGUUGAUCUUAAUUAAUACUUUUACUAUUUUUUAAAUUGACAGAAAUAUAUAUUUUAUCCAAAGAUCAACUGGAAAUGGUAUUGAAUUUAGAAAUUGUUCUUUCAUGAGUGACAGGAAAUGUGACUCGUCGUAUUUUUCAUCUAUGAUCUUCAUGUUCAUGAAAGGUUUCCAUAAGUGAGCCAUUGUAUCUUUGCAUUUAUACGAUUACUACAGUGUAGAUUAGUAGCAUGAUCUGUUUGAUAUCACAAUUUUAAUGAUUAUCACGCGCUAUAUAUCCAGCUGAUGUAAUAAAGUUUCACGCAACGA